AUGAAACGUGAAAAAGAAGUUCUUUUUCAGCUCAAUUCUCUUUUCAAAAUUGUUUCUAUCGAUUUUGAUUCGGAUCAUCACUUGUGGAAAGUGCAACUAAAAACAACAAAUGAAGAUACACAAAUUGUUCAGGAAUAUCUAGCAAUUGUUGAGAAACAAAUGAUUGACUAUUCACCAAUUAUUUAUUUUGAUCGUCUUCUCCUCAAAGAGUUAGGUCAAGUUGAUCAAGCUGCAAAAUUUUACAACUUAUUACUUAAAUCUUCUUCACCAGACCAUCCGAACAUUUCUUUCGUCUAUAACGGACUUGGAAAUGUGCACGAAAAAAGAGACGAACAAUAUUUGACAUUAAAGAAUUAUGAAAUCGCCUAUAUGAUUCGUCGAGAGCAAUUACCACCACCAAAUUAUCACUUAACAUACAAAGAGAAAGGCGAUCUUGAUGUUGCAUUUAAUCAUCUCUUUCUUGCACUCGAAAUGUUCCAGCAUGUUCUGUCUUCGCAACAUACUAACAUUGCUUGGUGUCUAGAUUUGAAUGAAGCACUCAAAAACUAUGAAGAAGCUUUGUCUGUUUUUGAACAAUCAAUACCGGUUGAUCAUCAAGCAGUCGCUAAUUGUCUUACUGCCAUGGGUAAUCUCUAUUCAAUAAUCGAUAGCUCAGAUAGUGCUUUGCAAUGUCAUCUAAAAGCAUUAGAUUUGUAUCGUCAAACACCCUUAACUUACUGGUAUAUGAAUAAUCCCACAGAAGCAUUUCGCUAUUUGAAUGAAAGUCUCUCAAUCUAUCGAACUAGUUGUGGACCAGAGAAUGAAGAAGAUAUUGCCAAGUUGAAUGCCGAACAGAAGAAAGCUAUGCAUGUCGAACCUGUUCAGGAUAAUCUGAAUGAAGAACAAUGUACUUCUAUCAAUCUUCAUUCUGAUUCUUUUUCAUCUUUUGCUAAACAAACAUCACUAUCUGUUAAUAUGACCCUCAAGUCAUAA